AAGCUUCUUUGGCAUUACAGCUGUGCUCUUAUAAAACAGAUUAAACAGCAAAAGGAAUGCUGAAUGGAAAAGCUGUGUUAUUUCCACCUUGCAGGACUUACUGAAAUGAUCCUGGCUGUGUUAAAACAUCAGCCAAAACUCCCACAGGGAGCAUUAGUCUGAGCGAUUCACAUAAACACUUCAAGAAGUCAGUCUUGGUUGAGCUUCCUAGUCAAGCUGACUUUUAAGGGAGAUAAUCUUUCCAGGAGAUCUGAAGAAAGGGAAGUUACAGGUGAUAAGAAAUGAGUGUGAUGAUGCACUGGUUGCUGCUGCUCCUUUUCCUGGUCAGCUUUGGCUCACCUGCACCCAGGUUUUCGGACAAAGAUAUCUGCCUCCUGGACAACAAUAAAUUAAGACAAAGGUUAAAACAUCUUCAAGACUUGCUUUAUUUAUAUGAAUUGCAGCUGAAGGACAUACUGGAGAACACUUACCACAGAACGAAAAGUGAACUGUUCUCAGGCAACAGCAGUGUGCAGCAUGAGACACUCUUACCCACAACCAGUGGAAAUUUGAUAGUGUAUGACCAAGAUUGCUCUGCAGUGUAUAACCGGAGGAGCGCCACAAGUGGCUACUACCGGAUCAGGCCCAGAGCAGACCGAGAGCCUUUCCUGGCAUUCUGUGACAUGGCCGAUGGUGGGGGCUGGACUGUCAUUCAGCGGCGGAGCAACGGCAAGGAGAAUUUCAACAGGAAAUGGGAUGAUUACAAACUGGGAUUUGGAAAAUUCCAGGGCAAGAAUGAUGAAUACUGGCUGGGCAAUGACCACAUCCACGACCUGCUUGCUAGAGGAGAGAACUCAUUAAAGAUUGACCUGAUGGACUGGCAUGGGGAAAGACGUUAUGCAAUCUAUGAAAAUUUCCAGCUUGGAAAUGAGCAGGACAAUUACAGGUUAUGGUUUGGCACCUAUUCUGGUAAUGCUGGCGACGCUCUGUCUGGUGGGAGCAAUUUUGAAGCUCAGUGGUCAGCCUCUCACAGAGGGAUGCAGUUCACCACAUCUGAUAAGGAUCACGAUCAAUUCCUGGCGGGCAACUGUGCAUCAGAGAACAAGGGUGGCUGGUGGUUUAACAGGUGCCAUGCUGUAAACCUCAAUGGGCGAUACUACAAAAGAGGGAGGUACAAUGGACCCCACGAUGAUGGCUUGGUUUGGUCUACAUGGCACGGGAUGUGGUACUCACUGAAAUAUUCAGCCAUGAAAAUCAGGGCUCCGUUCUUUGUUGACAGCGAGAGUGGAGAUGGUGAAAACAGUCAGGGCAGCUGAAACCUGCUGCUUUGGAAAGAGAAAAAGCACAGGCUGAAAAGAAUGCUAUAAGUUGCUGCCACCAAUCGCCAAACCUGCACUUGAUAGCUGGAGUUGCACCUGCUUCUGCCACCUGAAUCUAACAGCAUGAGUUGUUUGAGCACAGCCAGACAACAAUUUAAUAAAAAACAUAAGGAUCUCAGUCACAGGAUAACCAGAGAUUUCUUUUUCAGCAGUUUUCAAGACAUUGUUGGAGAAUAUUUAUUGAAAGUUCUCUGGAAUUCAAAGGAUCAAGCAUGUCCUUUAAUCAAUCUAUACUUUUCAAGGUCUAAACCUUUCUCAUCUUGAUUUUAACCAUCAGUGUUUCAGUUAUGAGAACAUCAGGACAGGAAGAACAAGGGGAUAAGGAAUUUGACUUUAUCUGGUGUGCCUUUGUUAGUGCUUCGUUUUGCAUCAGGAGAAUCUUUCUAAGGAGCUUUCCGUAUGGUUCUAAUUGCCACACUUCUGCUGCAGAAUGCUUGUGGAGUGUGUGAAAUCAGACCUGUGGAUGGACAUGCUCCAACUGCUGAUGUGCAUCCAAGGCUAAUGUGAAGCUAAGGCUGCUUCUAAGUAAACACCCACAAUACGGACAGUGUGGGUUCCAUUCCAACAGCUUCCUGCUGCAGAUCCACUGCUAGAGCAUACCGCAAGACACUAAAGCAGACAGACAAUCCUGCCAAACAGAUUUAAGACCCAGAUUAAAAUUAGGCAGAUUUUACUAAAAUUAAGGUGAGUGCAGAUAUUCCUAUGAGUUCCUAAAAUGCAGUCAUUAUUCAUUUGUGCAUUCUCCUGUCACCAGAUGACUUUACAUUAGUGAAGGGGAAUCAGAAAGUGGUUGAACCACAAGGGACACUGCUUUCAUUGUCUCACUGGGGUGAAAUGAAAGAGCCACACAAAUGACUGAAAGAAAUGGAAUACCGAAAAUUUAUUUUCUACAGCUGUUAAUAACAACAGUUAAAAAUUAACAGCGGUACCAGCUUGAUGCAAAUCAUUUAACUGCCAUGCUGUAGAAUAAACCUUUUUCCUUUUUUUUCUGUUUUAUAAUAAUUUUUUUAACUGAUAUUACUUUUCCAUUUACUUGCUUUUAAAUCCAUACAUAUUGUAAUUUGUAUACAUAUCGAUAAAGAGUGAAAUAAAACCAUCUGAGUAGGACUUAAUACUUAUCUGGUUUUCAACAAUAGGAAUGUGAACAGGAAUCUUGGAAAGCUCAUAAUAUGAGAAAUGUAUUCUUUUGGUGUUGGCUCUGGUGCUUUUUAACCUGUUGUCCUUGGCAGUUGCAAGGGUCUGGAAGGUAAGUUUAAUUUUCAUGUCUCAAGCUUCCCUGGAGACAAUGCAGAGGCAUGAGGUGAAGGUUCAGUUUAAAACUUGGUUUGGUUCCUCUCCUUCCUAGACAUCCCAGUGACUGCAAAGACAAACAUCCCAGUGUAAUGGGCAGCAGAGCUGUGCUCCUAAAUCCGGUGCCCUUGGCCAGACUGUCCCCUGCCCUCUUCUCAAGCAUGCUCAUGUGGAAUGAAAUUUGCACCUACAUGUCUGAAAUGACAUCGCCCUUGUGAAGAAAGGGCUACAGAAGGACAGCACUUAUUGCUUCUCUUCUGAUCACUACAUCUGUAUUUUGAUAUGGUAAAAUUUUAGUGCAAGGUUGUAACUGCAUGUUGGGGCAUAAACACUUUGCACACAUUAUUACUGUGUGGCCCCUGAUGCAGUGCUGAGGGCAGAAAGGAAAAUUUUUGUCUAGGUGGAAGACACAGAGAAAUAUAAAUGAAAUAAGUUAAUGCCUUCUGGAAGGUGAUGCUCAAUCCCACUCUUCAGUAGAGAGCUAAGGAAGUAGGGUAAGGACUGUGGAAACUACAGCACUUAGGGACAGCAUUUGUGGUCUGGCAGUUCAUUAAGCAGCUGGUAACCAAUCUGAUAAUGGAAUAUGAAGCUGGAGAUGGAGUCAGCAGGGCUUAAUCAGAUAAGCAGCACGCAGUCCAGUUCCCCAGUGAGUGAGCAAUGAGCGAUGUGAAGUCUGGACUACGGAGCCUGUUUCCCUGUGUGUCAGUAUGGAGUGGCAGAGGUAUUGUGGCUGGACUGCCUUCAGCCAGCAUCAAUGUUACAGCGCUUCCUUCUGUCUCUGAGAGAGAAAGGGGUGCCAAGGUAUGACAAGCUGGGAGGGAAGGGGUCUGCCCUGCUGUCUUUCAUGUAAAAUAUACCUAAGUACAUCUACUACAUAAGACAGCCCAACACUGGGACAACUUUGCAGAAAGCAGUAUCUGAUUUAGAGCAAUGUUCCUCCUUCUCUGUCCUCCUGUGGCAAAGGAAACCCCCUUUGAGAUGCAGGGGUCACAGGGCUGGAGCCUGCAACCCACAGCAAACCCCAGGAAGCAUUUCAAAACCACCUUUAAUCAUAAUAAACAGGGUAGAAUGCCACUAGCUGAGUAUUAACUGGAUCUGAGGGCUGCCACCAAGAGCUGAAGGCUGGGGGAAUGCUUGCUGGAUGUUGCUGCACUGCACAUUUGAUCUCCCAUUUCUCCACAGUCUGUCUCCCAUGCUGAGAGGCUCAACAAAGCUUAAACAGAUACUGUAGCCCUGCAGCUCCAAUGAUGAUGGAUCCAUGCUUCAGGGAAAAGGUUCUUCACACCACAGACCAUACCUUAGUACAGGCAGGGUGUAAGUAACCUGAGCAGCAAUUGCUUCAGAGGUCUGAUUUCCAGCUCAUUUAAGUCAAUUUAAAGACUCAUUACAUUUGAUUGCCUUUGGAUAACUCUUCAAGCAUGAACAUGUUCUUAAAUGCUUUAAACAGCUUUUCGAGCUGACAGUUUAUGGGAAUGCAUCAGUGGUACCAGCACCACACUGGGCCAAGGGCUGAACAUCGGCAUGUUGGCACAGCUCCCAGGAAAGAGGGAGCUCACAUCACCCUGUGAGUUGGAGCCCUCACUCCAGCAGCAGCUGCAAAACAUUACCCAUCAAAAAGGCCAUUAAAACAGACAGAUUUGACUCUGGUGGCCAAAUGCUGAGGCUUGCUCCUCCUAUGUUGUCACAGCAGGUAACACCGUGUGCCUGUCAAGCCACCCAUGCCAGCUUUGGACACUGCAGUGGGGUGCCACCAGGAACUGGCAGCUAACACACAACAAUGCUGCUCUUACUUUAAAAUUGCUGCUGGCUUGUGGUGGAGUGGGGGGAGGAAGAAGUGUGGGAUUGGGAAAUCUCUCUCUCUGCUCAGAAAGCCAGUAUUGAGAAAGAUAGCAGCCUACUUCCUGAGAUAGGAACCCAUGCUAAUUUUGCCUUCACACCCACAAGGCAGGUUAAAGGGCAUGUAGGGUUGGGCUCCUUAAGGGAGAGUUGAUUUAAGACUAACAGUCUAUUGCCUAAACAUUUCUUCUCUUACACCAACCUCUUAUUUUUUGCCCAUUAGCAUUCCCCUGUUGCAAAGUCACCAGAGGGACAGUUACCCUAACAAAUGGCAAGAAAAGUCUUGGUCAUUCACAAAAGCCUGAGCUCUGCUUCUGCUGUUAAUUGGGAUUUCAACGCAAUUCUGAAUACCUACAGCAGUAAUGGCAGAUUUGUGAUGUCUGGUUUUAAAACACAACAAAAAUAGGCCAUCAUGGCUUUUGUAGUUCACUGUUACUACUGCUCUCUGCAAUUCCCUGAAAGGAGGCUGUAGCAAGGUGAGGGCUGGUUGGCCCAUUCUCACAGGUAACAAGUGAUAGGACCAGAGGAAAUGGCCUCAAGUUGUGCCAGGGGAGAUUCAGAUUUGAUAUGAGGAAAAAUUUGUUCACUGAGAGUGGUCAGGCAUUGGAACAGGCAUCCCAAGGAAGCAGUGGAAUCAGUGUCCUUGGUAGUGUUCAAAAGAUGUGUGGAUGCGGUAGCUAAGGGAUAUGGUUUAGUGGUGAACACAGUGGUGUUACAUUAACAGUUGGACUUAAUGAUUUUAGAGGUCUUUCCCAACGUUAACAAUUCUAUAAGAUUCUCUGUAAAUCACCAGAUGUCGUCAUUUUGAUUUUUGUUCCCAGAACAGGUAUUAAUCAAAUUAUCUUGUUGUUUGCUGGUUUUGUUCAUAAUUUAUUUUGAGCUUGCUGUAGUAGUAUUAUUGUCAAUAUAUUUACAUUUAAAAAUUUUAAUAAAGGAAAGGAUGACUAUGGAAAGGAUGCAUAACUCAAUAGUUCUCUCACUGCUUUUUACAGGUAACAUGCUGUGGUAACAUUUCUGUGAGGACUAAAAUCUGAUCAUCCAUUUUCUUGGCCCUCCCUGUAGCAUGCCUUUUGUACUAAUUUCCUGCAAAUAUUUGUCUAUUGUUUUCUUGAUAUAAAUAUUGACAGUAAGAAAAUAUCUAAGUCUUGAAUGAUGAAAAUGCCUCCUCAAUUUUAAAUUCACCCAGUAUUCAGCAUCAGUUGUUUGCACUUCGAUGCAACCAGCUAAAAACUCCCCACCAUAUGAGUUAUCUGAGCAACAAUGACAAAUCAACGCAGUUCACUGAUCACUAUCAGAAAAAUGAUGAAAACUUCCCACAGCUUGAGCUUUGUGUUUUCUAGAUGAGAAAUGAUUCACUAAUCAGGGCAGAUGGUUGAGGGUGCUGGACAGUGGAUGCAUCAGUAUCUCACAGUCUACCAGUACACAGUGCACAAGGUGGGAAAUGUCAGUGGCACUCACCAUGUAUCAUACACAAAACAUGACUGCUUUACACAAUAAAAUCUAUUGGCUAUUCCUGUGCCACAGCUCACCUAACACAUUCUUUCCCAGGGUACUUUGUGUGUCUUGUACACACAUACAUACAAAAAAAAAAAAUAUUAUAGGAAAGCACUUUUCAGUAAUUUGAAAGGAGUAUGUUCCCACAAGCCAGACCCAGGGCAUUAUUCCCUCCUGCUGUGUGUGGAAGUAACGUGAUUCCUGCUCUUUCU